AGUGAUGCGCAAACACGCGCUCGUGCCAGUGUAACAGCUAUGACUUUCUACAUCUCCAGCACUGUCAGUGACACCAAAAUGAAAUGAAUUCAGCAUCUGCCGGGCACUCAUCCUCUUCUUUUUCCUCUACUGCGGAGAUGCCUGCAUGUUACAGGGAUUUAUGCGGAGGAGCAAAUAACUUUGCCAAUAUGCCCUGUUGGACAUUGGUACUAUACACCGGAGAGUCCUAUGGAAUAUAGUGCGCUUUGCCACACUUCUCCGCCGGUGAAAAAUAAACUUUUUGUGUUGUGCGUAAUGCUGUCACUGUGGGUGUACAUGCUCUACUGCUGCGUGGGUUACUGCUCCAUCACACCGACUUUUAUGCUGGAUGAACGGAGCAGGAGGAUGCCGACACCCAGAGCUCUCCACAACCAACCUGAAGAACCAGAGGUGUUCCUCAAAAGCCAAUCCAGGGACUUAUUAAACAACGAGAGUGAUGCUGAUAGCAGAGGAGAUGGCUGGGAGGAAAAUAAGGGCGAUGUGACUUAUGACGAGGACUCUGGAGUGACAGGUGCCCCGAACGGGUCCGAGACAAAAAGGUUGCCCCAAGCGAUAAUUAUAGGUGUGAAGAAGGGAGGAACGCGCGCACUGCUGGAGUUUCUGCGCCUCCAUCCGGAUAUCCGCGCGGUGGGAGCGGAGCCGCACUUUUUUGAUCGCAACUAUGAGAAAGGACUCGAGUGGUACAGGGAACUAAUGCCGAAGACUUUGGAGGGUCAGCUGACCAUGGAGAAGACACCGAGCUACUUUGUUACCAAGGAGGUUCCAGGCCGGAUCCAUGCCAUGUCCAAGGACACCAAGCUGAUAGUUGUGGUUAGAGACCCCGUAACCCGGGCGAUUUCGGACUACACGCAGACCCGCUCAAAGAAACCUGACAUCCCCUCCUUUGAGAGCUUGACUUUUAAGAACAUCACAGCAAAUAUAAUAGACACCUCAUGGAGCGCUGUCCAGAUCGGCAUGUAUGCCAGACAUCUGGAGCGAUGGCUGCAGUUCUUCCCCAUGAGCCAGUUGUUGUUUGUGAGCGGGGAGCGACUGAUCAGCGACCCCGCAGGGGAGAUGGCCCAUGUACAGCAUUUCCUGGGCCUGAGGAGGGUGGUCUCACACAAACACUUCCACUUUAACCCUGCCAAGGGCUUCCCCUGCCUCAGAAGGCCCGAAAGCAACAGCAAACCGCACUGCCUUGGCAAAACAAAAGGCCGAACACACCCAAACAUUGAUCCGGAUGUGAUUCAAAGACUGAGAGACUUCUACAAGCCAUUUAACAAAAAGUUCUUCCAUAUGACAGGCCAGGAUUUUGACUGGGACUGAGAUUUUUCCUAGAACAAAUUGUUUAUUGUUUUUUUGGAAGAUAAUUAAUUGUAAAAAGUAUAGAAGUCUAUUUUAUCAUAAUUUAUUUGAGAGUAAUAUACUCACUUAGCUGCCUAUUGCUGCCUAUUGUUGUUGUACAAACUGUAAGUUUCUACUUGAUACAUUCCAGUUGAAUCUGUAAGCAUGGUAUUUCUUGAUAAUUUGUAUUUUCAAAUGGUAAAAAAUAGUUUGACAAAGGAAAAAAGCAUAAUGUAACUAAUUACGGGUGUAUUGUGAGUCUCUUUGUCCUGCACAGAGAGAAUAUUCUGAUCAAUUCUUAAUUCAGUUGCGCAAUAGGGCCUAAUUUUUCUUUUAAUAAACAUUUUAUUUCAUCUGUUACACAA